UGGCAUUUCGUUCCAUACACCCACCAACCACCCUUUGUGUGAAAAAGUUACCCCUCGGAUUCCUAUUAAAUCUUCCCCACUUCUCCUAAAAGUAUUUGCAAAACUCCAUGCACCAAGAAUCACCAAUUUCCAUUUUAGUAAUCUUAUGGGAAUUUGAAUCCAAUAUUUUUUUAAAUCGCACUUCUUUCCGCCUCUAACGGUGGGGACAGAAUCUCCCGUUGUCUUUGAUCAGUUGGUGUUUCAAUUAAUAAUUGGUUAUGACUUGUUUGUUUUGCUGGACGUUGAUUAAUGGAGAAUAAUCCUAUCAAAUGCCUUAAGGAAGGAACACUUAAUGCAAAGAGUUGACCAACUGACCAUUGGCAGAUCAGCUCCGUGUUUCAAAUCCAGUGGGGAGGAAUAAUGAUGAAGGAAUCUCUCUCUCUCUCUCUGCCGCGUUACAAUGGGCGCGGGCAGCUGCGGGGAGCGGCGACUCCUUGCAUUCACAUGCAAAGUGGCGAUACUUUAUAAACCCCUCGCCAACGGCGCUCCCGGCUAUUUCACCGCUCACCUGUUCUUGCGGAGCAAGCACACCCAGGAAAAAAAACACAUAACUAUAAGGGGAAUCAAAAAAGAGUGUGAAAUGAAAAAUACCAACAAGCCGGCGGGUCGGUUCUUGCUCCCAGUCGCCACACAAACCUGCGGCCACAGGAAGAUUUCAAAGCCGCUGAUGGAGAAAAAAAGAAGGGCUCGGAUCAACGAGUGCCUGGAACAGCUGAAGUCGUUGCUGGAAGACCACUACUCUAAUAACAUUAGGAAACGCAAACUGGAAAAGGCCGACAUCCUGGAAUUAACCGUGAAACAUCUGAGGGAUUUGCAGAGUUCUCGACAGGGGGCGGUGCGGAUGUCGAGAGACGGAGCGGCGCAGUACCAGGCGGGAUUCAGGAGCUGCCUGAACGCAGUCAGCCAGUACCUGCUGCGGAGCAAGGGCACGGAGGAGCACCUGCGGCUGGGCGUACUCAACCACCUGGUCACCGCUUUCCCCGUCUUCUCCGGCUCCGGCUCCGGCUUCGGCGCGGUGGACGGCGGCAGCCGAAACGAAGGCCGGCUUCUAGUCAAUCCGGCGGCGCAGCCCCAAGGCGAGCUGUGUGGGCCCGCGGCCAAAGCCACCGCCGCCUCCGCGCUUCGACACAGCAUCCAGCAGCAAGUAGCUGACAUCUCGGCGACUGAAAAUUCCAGCCCAGAGACCCCCGCACAAGAACAGGACGCAGCGCCCGUCGCUGCCCAAACUAAACCCCCCGCCAACCGUGUAGCCUCCCCUGACUUGGAACAGCUGUGGCGGCCUUGGUAGCUCUCUCACCCCCCUGCGCUGUGCAUAGCGUGUGCUGAACUAGUGAGGGGAUGAACUGCAGAUGCUGAAGAUAGAUCCAGAAUGCUGGAGUAGCUCGGCGGGACAGGCAGCAUCUCUGGAUAGAAGUGUUUAAGAAGGAACUGCAGAUGCUGGAAAAUCGAAGGUACACAAAAAUGCUGGAGAAACUCAGCGGGUGCAGCAG